AGCAAAUGACCAGUUAUUCGGUUAUCGUCAUUAUCGUUGACAUUUUCCCUGCUAUGAUUAAUUUGUGGAUUGAUAGCGUUGAUAACAGAACCAGACACCCAAGUCGUAGACUCGUACAGUCGUACGAAACAUAAAAUUGUUUGAUCACCAAUGAGUAUUAUGGUCUAUGACCAAGACCAACUUCACUCAUUACACAGUGCAAUAAUUUUCUUAUAACAAAACAUUAAUAAUUGUUAUUUAUUAUUUAGAAAAAAUAAUUAAAUUGUGUAAAUUUUUAUGUGUAAAUAUAAUUACCAACGUAAAUUUAUCUAGUAUUUUUUUAGAAAAAUAUUCUACUUAUUUUAAAAUGUGAGUUCCUUUUCAAAAAACUGCGCGCUACCCCUUUGCAACACUUUCAUAACAACAAUAAAUUGUUAAGGCACAUUGGACAUUUUGCAUAGAUUUUAACCCUUUGCAGUCACAGGAAUCCUUAAAAAGGUUUCGAUUAUUUCCUUGAAACAACACAUGCAUUCUACAAGGCCAAUUAAUUGCGGUGCUGUUGAUCAAUGGGAAACUGUUUUUCAUGUUUGCGCUCUAAGAGUACAAGUAGGCCGGUGGCAGAUUCCAGUGACAACGAAAAUUUAGACAAUGUACCAGACAAACGAGUUGGAGGUCUGGAUUCAAAUGAUUUAAAUCCCCCAGUGAUGGCCAUGAGCAAUGGAGCUCAUAAUGCUCCUGUUCUAGGAUCAGUGGGUAGUGAUAAUUGUGGUAGCUUGCGUUCCUCGUUUACUUGUACUCGUUUGACAUCUACUUUAAACAAGACCAAUAUUAGGUUGAAUAACUUUUCCACAAAAAGUUUCCAAACCAGGGUUCAAAAGUUAUUCGACAUGUACAAAGAUGCUGUCGAAGACUUGAUAUUAAUUGAUGGAAUUGAAAGACUGUGUAGUGAUUUACAGAUGUCACCUGAAGAAUUCCGUAUCCUUAUAUUAGCAUGGAAAUGUGACGCUCAUCAAAUGUGUCGAUUUACUCGCGCAGAAUUUCUUAAUGGCUGUCAUGCACUUCAAGUAGAUUCUGUGUCAUUAAUGAAAAAUAAAUUGUCGGAUGUAGCAAAUGAUCUCAAUUAUAACACUGAGGAAUUUAAAAGCUUAUAUAGGUUUACAUUUAAAUUUGGGUUGGACAAUGCUGUGGGACAGCGUAUUCUUCCAGUUGACACCGCCAUCGUAUUAUGGAAAUUGAUUUUUAAUAUCCGUGAACCAGAAAUAUUAGAACGUUGGCUGAACUUUUUGGAAAGUCAAGAUAAUAUAAGAGGUAUUCCUAAAGAUACAUGGAACAUGUUUUUAAACUUUGCUGAGUCUGUAUCCAAUGGGGAUCUUUCUAAUUAUGACGACACAGAGGCUUGGCCAAGCGUUUUUGAUGAUUUUGUAGAAUAUGAAAAUGAUCAAGCUAAUCAAAACAUUAGUGAAAAAGGAAUUGGAAAAAAGCAUGGCAGUGUACUUUAAAAUAACAUAAAAGACUAUCACCAUUUUUUUUAGUGUUAUUAGACAUUGUUUUGUAAUAAUAACUUAAAAACCAUCAAUUCAUUACAAGCCCGUCCAAUAUUAAUAUAAACCUCUGUGGUCUUAUUUAUAAUGGCAAUAUUACUUUAUAAACAAAUCUGAACUUUAUGUAUAUUAAGUUGGACUAGUUAAAUUUCUUAUUUAUUUUUAAUUUACCUAUAGAUCAAAAUAAAUAAUUGCUAUUUUUAUAACA